AUGAAAGCCGAUGAGACACGACGAGGGACAAGGGGACGAAGAGCGACGGGAGAGGAGUCCGUGCAACGCCAGCGUCAGCCACAACAGCGUGGCAUUGGUGGCGUCCCAGGCGGCUGUACGGGUCGGCUAGAGGAGGAGGAGGAGGAGGAGGAGGAGGAGGAGGAGGAGCACAAGCAGGCUGGGGGGGGAGGGGGAGACGACCGCGCGAGAUGCGCAGGGCCGCAGCUCCACGGGAGGGUCCGAGAGAGCCGUGCCGCCACGAGCCAAAGCUCCACCGCAUCGGCGGGCACCACCCGGAAGGUUGGGGGCAGCAUUUAA